AGUUGAAUAAUAAAGUAUCUUUUCCUGGUUCUAUAAUGUUUCUGGAUAAAGUUCCACUGCUUGGAAGUCAAGUGAUAGAUCUAGAUCGUGAUGAGCUCAAGGACAGACUCCUUCAUCACAAGUAUGCUGCUGGUGAAUACACACCUCUAGAUAUGGUCUUCAUGCCAUUCUGGAAUGCCUGUACAAAUGCAUUCCCUCGUACCAUUUCCCCCAAUGCUAUUACCCUAUCUGGUUGUGCUGCCAUUUGUCUAAUAUACGUGUUUAUAAUAUUGAUGCCGACCCGCCAUACCUGGCAUUUCUUCAUGGCCGCCUUCUGUGUAUUCGCUGGACAGACCCUAGAUGCCAUGGAUGGCAAGCAGGCCCGUAGGUUGGGUGUAUCCUCACCUUUAGGGGCUAUACUUGAUCAUGGAGUGGAUGCCUGUACUAUGGGUAUCCUUAUGCUAACAGUAGCACGAUGUCUUGGCCCUUCUGGGGAGUUUCCCAACGACCUGCCAAUAGCCGUACCAGUUGUAUUGGUGGUUGUAUCGUGCUUCUGGUUACCUCAUUGGAAUCAUAUGCAUACUGGUAAACUAGAGGUCGGUGGUGUGACCGAGGCACAAUUCCUGGUGGGUUUAUUUUUCCUUAUAUGUGGAUGCUUUGGUGAGGACUUCUUCCGUAAGGAAACUCCCUUCCUUUCUGGCUGGACUAGAGGAGAGUUGCUAUGCUACGCAGUCCUUGCUGGUGCUUCUAUGCUCUCCAUUUAUGAUAUAGUCACUUGCCUUUUCGCUUCUAAGGAUAGGGUACAUACUUCCUUCGGAUAUCGUCUGUACACUCUCAUGCCUUUGGCACUUUUGUACUCCUGCGCCUAUUUCAUGGACGCGGCCCUACUCAAAACUGGCGAGUCGUCCAUGGGUUAUGUCCUGCAUGCCAUUGCCAUAUACUUCGUCCUUAUUGCUGAACAUGUUCUCAUCUCUAACGUUGUAGAGGAGUGCUACGUGAAUAGAGCAUGCAAGGCCCUGAUGCCCUUAAUGUUGGCUACUGCCCUUGUCCUGGUCGUUCCUUCCGCUUGGGUGAACACUGUGAUGAUCUCCUGUUGUAUAUACGGUUUCCUCUCUUUCUGCAAGAUGGCUGCAACUACCCUCAACGAUAUCUGUGAGGCCUUAGACAUUUACCUUGUCAAGUUGCCACCUAAUGCUGACAUUAAUGGUGAUAAACAAAAGGAGACGAAAAAGAAAAGCAAGCAGAACUAGACCGCCAACAAUAGCAACAACGACAAUACCAACACUGUAGUCUUGUUACUACCCUAUAGAGGGUGAUAAUAAUGGCAACAACAAGUGCUGUAGAGCACCUCUC